UGUGCUUGUUAGAGUUUCUUUCAUUCUCGUCCUUCUUUCGCUGACCAGGGCUGCUGCUGCCAUGGAGGAAAAACACAGAAUAUGUAAGAUCUGCAACAGAAGGUUCGCCAAUGGCAAAGCUAUGGUGAGAUUAAUCACAUGCAGCAACCUUAUGGAUCUGUCAAUGAACUUUCUAGCGAGACUCAGUUUUCCAUUAGAAGAUCCAAACGACUUUGUAACAGCUCACCAUCUGACUCGGGAUAAAUGGCCUCUAGAAGAAGUGCAAAAGGCUGAAUUCUUAGAUGAUGGUGGUUGGGAUAUGGAUUUGGAUGAUGACGAAGAUAAUCCUCGUACAAAGUAUAAGUGCAAGACAUGUGAUAAAAGUUUUAAAUCUCCUCAAGCUUUGGGUGGGCAUAAAGCUAGUCAUAAAAACAAUAGAGCUUUUACCGUUGAAGAAAGGAAGGAAGAUAAAGGAAAAGAGAGUGGUGGUGAUUAUCAGAUUCAUCAACAAAGAAUAUUUGAAUGCCCAUUUUGUGACAAGGUGUUUCAGUCGGGUCAAGCACUUGGUGGGCACAAAAAGGUUCAUUUUUCUUACUUAUCUGUCGCUCAUAGUAAGAUGUCCAAGACAUCGUCGUCUACUGUUCAGUUGUUCGAUCUUAAUUUACCAGCUUCUGAAGAUGAUGAUCAUGAUGUAGUUAUUCUGGUUGAGAAUUCGAUGGCGUCCGCCGAUGGAGAAAUGUGAACUCUUCCAAUGAAGUUCUGAAGCAUACAUGGUAAAAAAAAGGUGAAGGUAUGAAAUACUACUAUUGUUCGUGAACAGUCGAGAAAGUGAACUUUCUCAUGAUUUUUUAAUAUACUAAUGAUGUUUGGGUACUUCUUUUAGAUCAGUUUGGGAA